UUCACCACUAUAUCAGCACUGCAUCAAGGGAUCGUAACUCAUAAACCAGCGGUGAGCUCUCUGAUACCAAACCAACUAUUUACCUCAGAAGAUUUCUAUACUUUGAUUUCCAAACCACUGCAGCCAUGGCACCAAUUCUGCUCAAUUGCUUGGGAAAUGACCGGAAGGAAUAUUUGGAAGAAACAUUUCAUGUGAACAAUCCCAACUUGGACGGCAUGGAAGAGGACAUUCUCUAUCACUUCAGCCUAGGCACAAAGACCCACAACCUUCCUGAGAUGUUUGGAGACAUCAAGUUUGUGUGUGUUGGGGGGAGUGCCAAACGCAUGAAGGCCUUUGCCCAGUUCAUACACACAGAGCUGAAUCUGCCCGGGAGCAAUGAUGAACCCAAGGACAUCUGCGAGGCAACCGAUCGCUACUGCAUGUACAAAGUUGGACCCGUGCUUUCCAUGAGCCAUGGCAUGGGUGUCCCUUCCAUCUCCAUCAUGCUGCAUGAGCUCAUCAAGCUCCUUCACCACGCCCACUGUCGGGACGUGGUUCUCUUUCGCCUGGGCACCUCUGGGGGAGUCGGGCUGGCUCCGGGGACGGUGGUGGUGUCAGAGAAGGCGUUGGACUACAACUUCCUACCCCAGUUCGAGCAGGUUGUCCUGGGAAAAGUGAUCAUGAGGAGCACAGAGCUGGACGCGGGCGUGUCCCGGGAGCUCCUGCAGUGCUCCAAAGAGCUCCCCAACCUCCCGGCCGUCAUCGGGAACACCAUGUGCACCAACGACUUCUAUGAAGGCCAAGGGCGGCUGGACGGAGCUCUGUGCUCCUUCUCCCAUGCAGAGAAGCUGGAGUACCUGCAGAGAGCCUACGAGGCCGGGGUCCGCAACAUCGAGAUGGAGUCCACCGUCUUCGCCGCCAUGUGCCGCGUGUGUGGCCUCAAAGCGGCCGUGGUCUGCGUGACCCUGCUGAACCGCUUCGACGGCGACCAGAUCACCAGCCCCGAGGACGUCCUGGUGGAGUACCAGCAGAGGCCGCAGGUCCUGGUGGCCCACUACAUCAAAAAACGCCUUGCACUCAUCGCCCUGACCCCGCCCUAAAGCCUCAAGCCCCGCCCUCAAACCUCUAACCCCGCCCUCAAGCCUCUAACCCCGCCCUCAAGCCGCAAACCUUGCACCGUUACGAAUGAAGUGUAUAUAAUAUAUACAGUAUAUUAUAUAGAUAUGUGUAUAAUGAUGGAUUCAUGUGAUUACCAUGUGGAUAUGUGUUCUUACUCCUCACGCCUUGGUGCUUCUGAUAAGCUUCUAGUUAUUAUAUAAAGAGUUACCUUUUUUGACCUAAAGAAUGUAUGAUUUUAUUACAAUCACUUGCUCAUUAUUUAACGUAUUUAACAAAAUAAUUUUGUUCUGUAUUUAUAUUAUAUGUACUGUGAAGUGUAUUGUGUAUAAUGUUACAGUGUCAUGUUGAAUAUGAAAAAAUAAAGUGGUCUAAAA